AUGAACAACGCGAAAGAGUUCACGAACGAAGAGCGCUCGCUUCUGAAGUUUCAAAAGAAACAACAGCACGGACAGAUCGAAGCGAGACGUAAAGAAGUCUCGGAUUUAGAGCGUCAACUUCUCAAAGAGAAGCGAAAAUCAGAGGCAUUCGAGAAAACCGUGAUUGCGAUUUCGGACGAGUGGAACCAAUUGCAAUCGGCGUUCGAGACGCUUCUUGAAGAACAAAACUUUGCAAUCACCACCGACGAUGAUAAAAGUCAGAAAAGAAAUAUCAAUUCGAGGAGGUUUGAUGCGUUCAGAAGACUUUUGCUGAAGAACGUCAGCGAAGAAGACGAAGCGGCGUUUGAGAAGGAGUUCAACCCUCCGCGGGCGAAGAAGAAGAGGAAACGCGGCGACGGCGGGGAUGGAGACGGCGAUACCGCGACGAGGGAAGACGAGACGAUGGAGAACGAGGGAGAGGAAGAAAGCGACGAGGACGAGGAGGUGAACGCGACAGAGGAGGCAAAGUUUUUAGCCGACUUGAAAAGUCGAGCGGCAAAGACGAAGGAGCGAUUUGCGAGCGCCGUUAUCGCGGCGAAGAAGAAUCCGAACGCGACGGCGAACGAGAAAAAAACGGAUUACUUAGCCGCGGAUGCGUUGAGAGCGAAGCGAAUCGCGAACGCGUUGAGAGCGACGAAGGCAAAGAUGGAGGAGAAGUUGAAGGAGAACGAGGAGUUGUUGGAAACCAGACGUUUGGACGUGAUGCAUUUGAGACGGAGAAUUGAAAUUUUGCAAUACGAAGGCGCCAACCCGGGCGAGGUCGAUAAAGAUUUGGGCAUCAAGUUAGCGACGAAAGAAGACGCAAAAUUAGCCGGAGCCAAGGCGCAAAUGAAAGCGAGCGAGAAAGCUGCUGCUGGUGCUGCUGCGACGACGCCGCCGUCUUCGAAUGCCCCAACGAAGAACGUGGAAACCGAUAGCACACAACUCGGACAACUCAAAGCGGAUUUAGGCGAAGCGGUGGCGAGAUUUAAAAUGUCCGAAAAGCUUCUCGCCGAUAUGCGCGAAAAGAACGCAAAGAUCGAAUCGGAGUUGAAAGCUAUCAAGAACCAAGGCAAAAAUGGCGCCAGCGAAGCCUUAGUUGUCCAAUCGCCUCUGUAUACCGCGUUAUCGCAACAGCUGGAGAUUUUGAAAACUGAAUCUACGAAAUUCGACACGAGACUCGAACAAACGAAGAGAGAGAACGACCAGAUUAAAACGAGGAAUUUGAAGUUGGAAAUCGCGAAUCGAGACGCGCAAGCGCAAGAGGAGAAACUGAACGCGGCGGAGAAUUACUCGAGAGAGUUGAAGUCUUUCCUCGAAAGAGCGAAUAAGGAAAGAGACGAGGCGGAGAAGAAAAUUUCCGACGCGGUUGGCGCGGAGAAAGGCAAAGGGAAAGAUACGGAAGAGUCCGCGCAAGCUUUAUUGAAAAUUGUUCAGCAGCAAAUGGAAGCGUUUAAGAACGAAAACGAAAAGUUGAAGAAAGCGCGAACGGAACGCGACGAGGCGAAAGAGCAAAACCGGACGUUUGAAACGCAAGUCAAAUCUCUCGAAGCGAAAGUCGCUACGCUGGAAAAGAAAGCGGCGUCGAAAUCGAAAACGUUGGAGAAAGAUUUAGCCGCGGUUACGGCUGAAUUGAAACAAGAAAAAGAAAACAGAGAAAGAUUAGAAAACGAAACGAAAGAGAAAUCGGACGAGCUCGAUCAGUUAGCCGAGGAGCUCGGCGGUUUAGCCUCGAUGGCGGACGAAGCGACGGAAUACGGCGAAACGAUUUUACAAAAGCUGUCCGACAAGGAAGACGAAGUGAACAAAAUGAAGAAAGAGGCCGCCGCGGCGCAAAGAGAGGCGAAAAAGUAUUACGACGAUUACGAACAAGUUAGAAUGAGCAACGAGAAAGAUAAAGUCGAAGCGAAAGCGGCGACGGAGAAAGCGCAAAAGUUAGAGGCGGAUGUGGAAAAGUUGACGAAAGAGUUAGAGACGGCGAAAUCCGAGGCGCGCGGCGCUUCCGGUGCCGGAUCGAGCGAUAAGUUGAAAAUUGAACAAUUGGAAACGGAUUUGACGAAACUCAAGUCGCAGUUAAGUAUCGUCGAAAGUCGAUGCAACCAGUUGAGCUCGGACGAGGCGAAGUUACAAAAAGAGAUUAAAAAAUUAGAAAAGGAAAGAGACGAUUUGAAAAUUGAAAACGCCGGCGUGAAGAAAAAAUGCGACCGAUUAUCGCGAGAAGGCGGUGCUGGGGCGUUGCAAGAAGAAAUCGACGCGUAUAAAACGAUGAUGGGGUGCAAUGUGUGUAAGCAAAGAGAUAAAGCGUGCGUGAUUACGAAGUGUUUUCACAUGUUUUGUAGGGAAUGCAUCGAUACGAGAAUCGCGACGAGGCAGAGAAAAUGCCCCGGAUGCGCGUUGGCGUUUUCCGAGAACGACGUUCAGAAUAUAUAUUUUUAA